AUUUAAAUACAUCUAUUUAGAAAAAAUAAAUAUAAAUAAUGAAUAAUAAGCCAACAAGUUCAAAAUAAGCUCCAGCUGCACGAUAAUAACCUUAACCAGCAGCAACUAGUAAUUAAUAAAGAGUAUAAAUAUGUUUAAAUUUUAGCCUGCUUAACCUAUUAUUCAAAACAUGGCUAGAGUUACGGAUCCAAAGCAUGUUCCUAAAGAAAUUAGAGAUUAAUUUUUAAAGAAAAUACAUUUUUGUUCAUAACCAUAUGAUUUUAACGAUGAUACUAAAAAUGUUAAGGAGAAAUAAGAACGAUCAUAAUAUUUACAAGAAUUAUUUGAUUUAUUAAAAGAGCCUAACUUUGUAGUGAAUUUAGUUGUUCCUCAUUUAGAUUUAAUUAUAGAAAUGAUAGAAAAGAAUAUAUUUAGACCUCUCCCUAUUUUAAAAAAAACAGCAACUAAUGGAGAAAUAGGAAUGGAAGAUGAUGAUGUAAAAUAAAAAUAAAAAUAAAUAGUAAUUAAUAGAUCCUGCAUGGACUCAUUUGCAACCAGUAUAUGAAUAUUUUUUAUAAUUAAUUGUUAAUGAACAGCCAGAUGUAAAAUCACUAAAAGUAUUUCUUUUAUAAUAUUUAAAGAUUUUUAUUACUCAUUCAUUUAUAUAAGAAUUUUUGGAAUUGUUUGAUUCUGAAGAACCUCGAGAAAGAGAAUAUUUAAAGAACAUUUUACAUAGACUUUAUGCUAAAUUAGUACCUAGAAGAAAAAUGAUAAGAAAAGCUAUAAAUGAUUGUUUUUAUACUUUAAUUCAUGAAACAUACAAAUUUAAUGGAGCAGCUGAAUUAUUAGAUAUAUUAGCUAGUAUUAUUAGUGGAUUUGCAGUACCACUUAGAGAAGAACAUGUUAUCUUUUUUAAAACUGUUAUAAUACCAUUACAUAAAGUUUAAACUUGUUAAUUUUAUCAUGAACAAUUAUUAAGAUGUUCUAUGCUAUUCUUAUCUAAAGAUCCAACUUUAGCAACAUUUUUAGUUGAAGGAUUAUUAAGAUAUUGGCCAUUUGCUAAUUCAGCUAAAGAAGUUAUGUUUUUAAAUGAAUUAUUGGAAGUAUUGGAAGUUUGUGAAAUUUCUAAAUUAGAACCAUUAAUUCCUAAAUUAUUUAAACGAUUGAUUAAAUGUAUAGCAGGACCACAUUUAUAAGUGGCUGAUAGAGCUAUGUGUUUUUUUGAAAAUGAUUACUUUUUGACUAUUCUUAAAAGCUAUAAGCCAUUUACAUUCCCUCUAUUAGUUCCUGUAAUUGCUUAAAUUGCAGAUACACACUGGCAUAAAGUUUUAUAAGAGUCACUUAAUGCAUUGAAAACUAUUUUGAAAGAAAUUGAUUAUCAAGCAUUUGAUAAAGCUUUAAAUAAUAAAGAUCCAAAAUAUUUAUAUAUCAUUUAAGAUGCUAAAAAUCAAAAAAAAGACAGAUAAAAAAUAGAAGAAAAGGUAAAUUAUUUUAUUUAAUUUAGUGGAAAAAUCUCACUAAAUAAGCAAUUUAGAAGAAUCCAAAUUUCAAGGAGCCUAUUGUUCCUUAUUCAGACACUCAUAUUGUCGGUGAACACAAUGGUCUUAACAAUGGAAACAUUACCAUUUUAUGAUCAAAAAUAUAUAUCAAAUAUAAAUAAUAUUAUAUAAAUAUUGAAG